UUUGGGUAUUGGCGAGGCUGAUGUAGAGUUGGUUGGCUGUCCUUUAUCUUCUAUCGAGCGUUCCCCCUUCGGUCUGGCGAACAUCCAUCAUCUCUCCCUCAUCCCUCCUCAUCCCUCCAUCCCUCCUCCAUCUCUCUCCCUCCCCCCUCUCCCCCCCCUCCAUCUAACUUCCAUCCAGCUUCAUUCAAGCUUUACUUCAUCUCCAUUGACCUGCUUCUACACCGAUGAAGGAAGCUUCACCGGCCUCGGACUCGUAUAUAUUUCGCAUCCGCUCUUGGGCAUCAUCCAAAGCGUAUGGCCUCUCUCCAUUCUCCAAAGACAAGAGCCGACCUCCGACUCUCCCCUUAAACAACCACCAUGUACACCACGAAGAUGCACACCAGACCGUCCUGCCUGCGACCUGCCAGCUCGACGGCAUCGCGCCCCUGGCCGCGAAUCCUACCGCCAACCAUGUGGCAGACCAGACAUCGCCCGAUAACCCGCCGCCCGCUCCACCUCCGCAAGCUGAGGGGCAGGGGCCUGUCGUAGAAGACGAGCAGCCCAACAAGAAGAAGAAGAAUAUUGCCGUCAGGUUUUGGCUCACGGCCAAAUCCAUCAUACUCUCGAGUUAUAUCAACCUGCUGCUGGUACUUGUCCCGGUCGGAAUUGCAGCAAAGGCCGCCGGGCUCAAACCGGGCAUUGUCUUUGGGCUGAACGCCGUAGCCAUCAUCCCGUUGGCGGGCCUCCUCAGCCAUGCCACCGAGAGCGUGGCCAAGAGGAUGGGCGAUACGGUGGGGGCGCUGAUGAACGUGACCUUUGGCAAUGCUGUGGAACUUAUCAUAUUCAUCAUUGCCCUCCAAAAGAAUGAAAUCCGUAUCGUCCAGGCUUCACUGCUCGGUUCGAUCCUUGCCAACUUGCUUUUGAUUCUAGGAAUGUGUUUCUUGAUCGGGGGGCUUCGUUUCCGCGAACAGAUCUACAAUAGCACGGUCACGCAGAUGAGUGCAUGUUUACUUAGUUUGAGUGUCAUGAGUCUCUUGCUUCCGACCGCCUUCCAUGCUUCGUUCAACAGCGACCAGGAGAAGAAAGCUACAAAUUCCGUACUGAAAGUCAGCCGGGGAACCAGCGUGAUUCUCCUCAUCGUCUAUGGGAUGUACCUCCUCUUUCAACUGAAGUCACAUGCCUACAUGUAUGUGAGCACCCCGCAACAUAUCAUCGACGAAGAAUCUGUCCCAGGUCCCGUUGCUCAGUGGAUGGAGUCCUCUGACGGAUCGGAAUCCUCGGAUUCCGAUUCCGACCGGUCAAGUAGCUCAAAUACCACGGUUAAACGUCUUCGGAGAGUUUUAGCUGGACGGCGUCGUCGCAAAUCGAGUUCAUGCUCGAAAGAUACGGCCGAUGUUGAUGCAGUCAGGUCGCUCUCUCUAGGAACAGGCUCUAUCUCUCCAGAUCACACCGACGCAGUUGAAUCACCGCACUCGCUUGGUCAUGAGGGGGGACAACGUCUUGGAUCCAUCGACUUCGCUGAAGAUGGUGAUGACGAGGGGGGAGAGAAGGGACGUCGAAGCCGCAAGAACUCAAUCAUUAGUGCUCUGACGAAGGAGCGGAAGCGGGACCGAAAGCGCAGGGAGAGGAGAGAGAAGAGAGAGCGUAAGAAGGCUCAACGGAGUGGGGAGACCAUCAACGAAGGCAUCGUCCUGAGCACUUCCACCGAGAAGAAACCCGAGGAAACUGUUGAUGAGCCCCGACAUGUCGACUUUGAUAUCGCCGAGGACACGGAACCAGCAACAGACUCGUCCCAGAAACGAGCUUUUAAUUUGCGCAACAUCAGCUCAAUCCGGCCCCAGAUUCCAAAGACGUUCUCUCAAAAUGUCUUCAUGCAACCGGCGCCAGAUCCACCAGCUCCCACUGGUGGACCAAUUCCACGUGUCAAGUAUGGGAUCCGACGUACGAAUUCUCUCCCGGAUCGACUCAACCAGACGUAUUCCGGUCCAGCCACUCGCGUCACCAGUGUCCAGCCUGCGCACAUCCCAGCUGUCAUAGCAGAAAAGCCAGCAGGGUCUGAUGAGGAGAACAUCUCCCGCACGACCGCUGUCUUGCUCUUACUCAUCUCGACAGGACUGGUAGCCGUCUGUGCUGAAUUCAUGGUGGAUAGUAUCAACGCCGUGGUGUCAGGCAACUCGGGACUGAGCGAGGCUUUCAUCGGGUUGAUCAUCCUUCCUAUUGUUGGCAACGCCGCGGAGCACGUUACGGCUGUCACCGUCGCCAGCAAAAAUAAACUGGAUUUAGCGAUUGGCGUAGCCGUCGGCUCCUCCAUCCAGAUCGCCCUCUUCGUCACCCCCUUCAUCGUCCUCCUCGGCUGGUGCAUGUCCAAAGAUAUGUCCUUAUACUUCACCCUCUUCGAAACCGUCUCCCUCUUUGUCAGCGCCUUCAUCGUCAACUUCCUCGUUCUGGACGGGAGGUCAAAUUACCUCGAAGGCGCCUUGUUGUGCGCGGCUUAUGUUAUUAUCGCCGUGGCGGCCUUCUUCUACCCACAGGUCGGCUACCAGUCGGUGGUUGGCGGGAAUCCAGACGCGACGAGUCGGUUGAUGAGGAUGAUGUUUUAGGGGGUUUUGAUGAUAUGGUGUGGUGGUUGGGGAGAUUGCUAAGGGG